AUGAGAAAGCGGGGCAAUAUUAAGGCAGCUGUUUGGGAAGCUAAGGAUGAUGAGGGCAAUGAUGAUUUGCUACCUACCAAUUGGGUGUGGGGACCUGGUCGCUCAAUUUAUGAAAGAUUCUUUCGUAAAGCAAUGUAUGGGAUGUUCGAAUCGAAAGACGGCAACAAUUCGAAUGGUGCGAAAUGGGAUCUUUUGCCCAACUUACAUUCAAAUGGUAUAUUUUGCACAUUUCAAUAUGCUGUUUUGGGGUUUGCAAGUGUGGCCUACAUUCAACAAAGCACUUUACAUUGA